UGUGUGUUUAUCAGAGAGAAGAGAAAGCGGCACAGAUUAACUGCAUAAGGAAAGUCAGACCCGUUUUUCUGCAUGUCUCAGGAAGGUGGGACGUCCUCGUAUACACAGCUAAGCUCAGUGAACAAACGGAUCAGCAUGAGGAUUGGUUUCUGUGCCUGGACUCAAACUCUCAAUCUGCUGUGAAGAUGUCUGCAAAACCUCCUCCUGUGGUCCCAAGAAAGCCUUCAGGUGUCCGAGUCAUGAUGCCAAUAGGGGAGCAGCUUCCUCCCAGUGCACUGCCCAUCUACAGAGAUACUGUGAAAGAGAAUAGUGGCAGUGGAGAGACAAAUCAUACGUCACUAUUGAAUGCAGAGAGAGAGGUGGAGAUUCUGAACCACUGCUUCGAUGAUGUGGAGCGGUUCAUGGCGCGUUUGCAGCAGACAGCUGAGGCACAGAGUGUUCUUAAUCAAAGGAAGAAGAAAGGAAGCAGAAAGAGCAAAAAGAAAGAAGGACAAACUGCAGAUGAUCUGCUGACAAUGAAAGCUUGUCCUCCACCAGAAGAAGAAUUUGUGGACAUCUUUCAGAAAAUCAAGUACUCGCUCAGUCUUCUGGACCGUCUCAAGUCGUCCAUCUCACAGCCUGAUGCGCCAGACCUGCUGCACCCUGUCUUUGUGCCUCUUAAAUUGCUGGUGAAAACAACUGGAGGACCAGUGUUAGGCGCAUCUGUACUCAGUCCUGCUAUGACAAGUGGUGCUGUGUCCCUGCUCCAGGAGCAUCUGACUGAAGAGGAAAAGGAGCUGUGGACAUCUUUAGGGCUCAACUGGACCUCCCCCUGUUCGCACCUCACUGAUUCUGUCCCUCCAUACUCGCCCGUCUUCUUGGAUGGGUGGCAGCCUCAGGGGUAUGACUCAACUGGCCAGCCUCUGGAAGAUCCCAUCGAGUCUCAACACAAACAAGAUGUUCAAAGUGAACGAAGGGCAGCACAAAAUCUGCAAGAACAAGCUCGACAGACGGCAGAUGGCCUUCAUCAAAGCACAGAAGAAGGAGAAGAAAACAUGCUUCCUCCAGAGGGUGAGAGACUUUACUGCUGCAGUUAUGACUUUGUGGCCAGAAACAGCAGUGAACUCUCUGUACUACAAGGAGAAACAUUAGAGGUUAUUGAGUCAUCAAAGCGAUGGUGGAAAUGUCAGAAUCGUUUCGACCAGAUAGGAUUUGUUCCCUCUAACAUCCUGGAGCCUCUGUCUGCUGUGAACAACGCAGGGAGAGACAGCCCGGUGGUCCGCAGAGAGUCAAGGAAAACACCCAUUACCCCUCGCUCAAAGUACUUCUCGUAUGCUCCACCAAGCCCAGAUGGGAUCGGUCCAACAAGCCCAAUGCGACCACAGAGCAUGGUUUUACCAUCAACGACACUGCAGGGAGAGGACGGUGACCGAGUCCUGAUAGUGAACGAUGAGCUUCUCGAGCGGUUAGCUGGGAGAAGAGGCUCGACCCGUCCGCUGGUGGUCCCUCGCACACCUGACACUUCAACGCCCCUGAACUACCACUCUCCCUCUGCAGAGGUGGAGACCUGGCUCACCGCCAAAGGCUUCAAUCAGCAGACAAUUCAGAGUCUGGGCAUUUUAACUGGAGCACAGCUGUUCUCCCUGAAUAAAGAGGAGCUCCGCACGGUGUCAGCAGAGGAAGGAGCACGAGUUUACAGCCAAAUCAUGGUGCAGAAGGCCCUUCUUGAGGAUGUACGCAAAGCCACAGAGCUUGAGACAGCGAUGGAGAAGCAGAAGUUGAAGAUUGGCUUGGAAUCAGCAGGUUAAGUCAUGUGAAGGAACUUUCAGACAUCCACAAAUACAAAUCAAACAGGGAGCAAUGGAGAUAAACGUGGUAUUACAUCCACAGAGAAACUGUUCUCAUUUAAUCAUACCUGUUGUCACAUCUUGGCUGCAGACUUUGAAAUGAGAAAUGUCCUACAGUAAAUCUGAUCAUUCACUGGUGUUAUAUGUUUCUGUUAUAAUGGACUGAACCUGCUUUUUAGAAAUAUUUAAAAAGAGACAAAUAAACAUUUUGAUAAAAUGUUUGUGACUCCAGAGAACAGUCAGACGCUUUAUUGAUUCAGAGUUUGUACAGUUGUUUUUACAGACAGGUUGCUGCUGACUGACACUUUACAACCAAUUACAAAUAAAACGUACAUUUUCA